AUGGCGGCGGUGGCAGCGGCAGCUGGUUGGCCCGCCCCGGCCGGGACGGCGGUGAAGUAUUUCCUGGGCCAGAGCGUGCUCCGGAGUUCCUGGGGCCAAGUGUUCCCUGCCUUCUGGGAACACUAUAGCAAGCAUGUCUUGACGGGAGACAUAGUGCACCGAGAGGUGACCUCUGACCAGAAGCUCCUGUCCCGCCGACUCCUGACCAAGACGAACAGGAUGCCCCGCUGGGCUGAGCGACUGGUUCCUGCCAAUGUUGCUCACUCAGUGUACAUCCUGGAGGAUUCUACUGUGGACCCACAAAACCAGACCAUGACCACCUUCACCUGGAACAUCAACCGCGCCCGGCUGAUGGUGGUGGAGGAACGAUGUGUUUACCGUGUGAACUCUGAUAACAGCGGCUGGACCGAAAUCCGCCGGGAAGCCUGGGUCUCCUCUAGCUUAUUUGGCGCCUCCAGAGCUGUCCAGGAAUUUGCUCUCGCGCGGUUCAAAAGCAGCGUGGCCAAGACUAUGAAGGAUUUUGAAUACAUCUUGGCCAAGCUGCAAGCCAAGGAAGUCAAGGAGAAGGCCAAGGGGAUGGCACUGGCAGCUCCCGAGAAGGCCAAGGACCUGGCCAGCAAGGCAGCCACCAAGAAGCAGCAGCAGCAGCAGUUCGUGUAG